CCUGCUUCAGCAGGGGAGUUGGACUAGAUGAUCUCUAUGGUCCCUUCCAACUCUAAAAUUCAGUGAAGUUCAGUGAAACUUACUGAAAUGGGCUCCAUUUGAAGUUGCACCACGUGGGGAGUUCCGUGGGUUUGUGCUGCUCCUCUCGUGUCCUCGCUGACGGGUCUAAAGAGUGGUGUGAACUCCGGGGUAGGAAAAGCGUUGGUUGUCCCUGACGUUGGCUUUUCCUCAUUUUUCCAGACUCUUUCUCCGUAAGUAGCUGAAGCACAGAAACCCCCCAUCAUGGAUUUUCAGCACCGUCCUGGAGGUAAAACCGGCAGCGGAGGCGUCGCCUCUGCCUCGGAGAGUAACCGCGACCGCAGGGAGAGGCUCCGGCAGCUGGCCCUGGAAACCAUCGACAUCAACAAGGACCCUUAUUUUAUGAAAAAUCACUUGGGCUCUUACGAAUGCAAGCUUUGCCUGACGCUGCACAACAACGAGGGGAGUUACUUGGCACAUACCCAGGGGAAGAAGCAUCAGACCAAUUUGGCCCGUCGAGCUGCCAAGGAAGCCAAGGAAGCCCCUGCCCAGCCUGCGCCAGAAAAAGUCAAAGUGGAAGUGAAGAAAUUUGUGAAAAUUGGACGACCGGGUUACAAAGUGACCAAACAGCGAGAUCCAGAAACAGGCCAGCAGAGCCUUCUCUUCCAGAUUGAUUAUCCAGAGAUUGCAGAAAGCAUCAUGCCUCGUCACCGGUUCAUGUCAGCCUAUGAGCAACGGAUCGAGCCCCCCGACAGGCGCUGGCAGUACCUGCUGAUGGCAGCGGAGCCCUAUGAAACCAUUGCUUUCAAGGUGCCAAGCAGAGAAAUCGACAAAGCAGAAGGGAAGUUUUGGACCCACUGGAACAGGGAAACCAAACAGUUCUUCCUUCAAUUCCACUUCAAGAUGGAGAAGCCCCCAGCUCCCCCAAACCUCCCUCCAGGGCCCCCAACUGUGAAGAGGCCCCCUCCACCUCCUCUGAUGAACGGUUUGCCCCCGAGGCCGCCGCUGCCGGACACCAUGCCGCCUCCUCCGCCGGGAGGCAUGACACUGCCUCCCAUGCCUCCCUCUGGACCAGUGCCACCGCCCCCGGUGCCACCCCAGUUGCCACCAGCACCCGGUGUACCCCCCCCUGCUCCUCUGCCCCCCAUGAUGAGACCCCCCCUCCCCACAGAGGGGCCGGGCACUAUCCCCCCUCCUCCUCCCUCCAACUGAAAGCCCCUCCCGGACUCGGUCCCCUCUGGCUCCUCUCUUUUUAUAUGCAGAUCACAACUGAUUCAGAGAAAUGUUCCUUUUUGUAUGUCUGUGAGUUCGAUUAGAUCCUGUAGGUUCAUUAAAAGGUUUUCAAUUUUCCUUUC